AUGCGCUGGGGCGUAUUCUCGCGCUGGGUUGUCCAGACCCGCCUACUCGGGCCCCUCCUCUUCGAAAUCUCGUUUGCUGAACCAGGUAGUCUUCCACCGGGUUCCUAUGGUCCAGGAUGGAUUUCAAAGAACGACAAAACAUCAGGGAGUAAGACUGGAGGCUGGGAGGUAAGCUCCAAGGCUAUUGCAACACUGCAGACCGGAACUAAGGCAGUGCCGAUGAAGAUCGAUGGAAAGAGUCAGGAACCUGGGAAUGGCUUAGCUGAGGUCAAGCUGUUGACCAAGGCUAUAGACUCUGAAGACUCUCUAGAGCUGCAGAAUCCACUUCCAAGCUCACUCCUGCAGCUGUUGCACUGUGCCCAGCAGCACUCGCUCAGUGCUCACAGGCCCAUAGCCUCCUUCUCACAGCUCGCCAGCAUCUCCUCAGCCCUCAACCUGUACCAUGAUGCAGUGACAGUCACAGAGGAUAACAACGCCCUCACUGAAGCAGCAGUUGUAGAUGCUGAACCUUUCUGGCCAGGCUUGUUUGCAAAGCAGGCCCUGGCCAGUGUCAACAUCGGGAGCCCCAUCUGCAGUGUAGGGGCUGGUGGACCUGCCCCAGCAGCUGGCACUGCACCAGCGGGAGGUCCCACCCCCUCCACCACCGCUGCCCCAGCUGGCGAGAAGGAGGUGGAAGCAAAGAAAGAAGAAUCGGAAGAGUGUGAUGAUGACAUGGGCUUUGGUUUUUUGACUAACCUCUUCUGUAACCUGUCCAGUGAAAAGCUGAACUCUUAAAAAAAAAUG